AUGAGUGGUCAGCAAGGCGAGCCGGCCAUCGGCCACAGCCAUGUUGGUGAGGUCAGGAACAACAACCAGAACAGCCAUGUUGGUGAGGUCGAGAGCAACAACCAGAACCAGCAGGCCGGGGGAGGGGGAGUGGGAGCGGUGAUACCCGAUGGGGAUGCAAAUGCUAACCGGAUGAUCCAGAUGGGGGAGGGGGGCAGCGACGGCGGAGGGGAGAGUACAGGAGGAGAUGUUGACACUCUGCCCCCCCUGAUGUCUCAGACCACUGUGGUGUCUCAGACAGUCACAGAGGAGCAGGAGAACAAGAUCGUCAUCUGGGGGACAGACUCUCAGUGUGACGACCCUGAGCUGGCCGAGUUUGAGAUGUUAGAAUGUCAGGAGCUGGAGGCAUACCUGGUAGAAGAAGAGGAGGAGGAAGAGGAGGAGGAGGAGGUGGUAUGUGUAGGAGUAGGAGUGAAAGGAGGUGCACGGCAGAUCCUCCUGGACCAGCCUGUCUCCGUAGUGGAUCUAGUCUCUGACAGUAAAGAGGGAGGAGGGAGGAGGACUAUUCAACAGGGCUCUGGCGGGCAGGACGCCGCCACCAUGGACUCUGGAGGAACCAGAGGGACGGCGGAGUAUGUGACGAGGACAGAGUUCAGCUCUGAGAAACAUGCCUUGGUGUCCCGCCUGUCCAUUAUGUUCAGUCCGGAUGGGAGUCUGGCUCUGGACGCCGCUGGACGGACACAGGCCACCACCACAGACUCCUGGCACGUCCCCUCUGGACCCUCAGGACCAGACGGGACCAUCUUAGAGGAUCUCACCCUGGCCUCCCAGUCUUGUACCACCAUCUCAGACCAGUCCGAGGCCUCUAAGCCAUCCAAACAACCUCAGGCUCCAUCUGAAAGCACAAUACAACGAGCUGACCUCGAUCUAAACCAGAACACAACUGUUAGGUCUGAGGAGGUUGUCGUUCCGGAAGCACAAGUCAGUAACAACGUCCUUGUGGGUCGUUGUAAAUGUCAGCAGAACAUGGAGGAAGAUCAGGGCAAUGAAAAGCACAACCAUAAUCUGGAGCAGAGGUACCAGGCUGUUAGAGGCAGUGAAGGGAAGGCAGUUGAGGAACAUCAAGAUGCUAGAGGUAGUGGGGGGAAGGCAGCUGAGGAACACCAAGAUGCUAGAGGUAGUGGGGGGAAGGCAGCUGAGGAACACCAAGAUGCUAGAGGUAGUGAGGGGAAGGCAGCUGAGGAACACCAAGAUGCUAGAGGUAGUGGGGGGAAGGCAGCUGAGGAACACCAAGAUGCUAGAGGUAGUGAGGGGAAGGCAGCUGAGGAACACCAAGAUGCUAGAGGUAGUGGGAGGAAGGCAGCUGAGGAACACCAAGAUGCUAGAGGUAGUGAGGGGAAGGCAGCUGAGGAACACCAAGAUGCUAGAGGUAGUGGGGGGAAGGCAGCUGAGGAACACCAAGAUGCUAGAGGUAGUGGGGGGAAGGCAGCUGAGGAACACCAAGAUGCUAGAGGUAGUGAGGGGAAGGCAGCUGAGGAACACCAAGAUGCUAGAGGCAGUGGGAGGAAGGCAGCUGAGGACCACAAGGUUAUUCCCCCUGAUAUGAACCACAACUCACCUGCCAAGUUAGGCACAAAUAGGAUUCAAUAUGUUGAAACCAGAAGCUUGAAGAAGCAUGGCUCUUUUGAUAAAACCUCAAAGGAACAAGGAUCCUUCGGACAAAGCAUGAAGAAAACGACUUCGUUUGAACAAAGCAUAAAGAAAACGACCGUGUUUGAAAACGCCACAAAGAAGUCGGCCUCAUUUGAUAGAAGUUUGAAGAAAGAACCUUUCUUAGAUAGAACGUUGAUGAAAGAGACAUCCUUCGACAGAACGUUGAGGAAGCAGGGCUCGUUUGAACGCAGCUCCAGUCCUUCUAGCCUGGAUGGGAGGAAGCCUUGGGGUAGCCCAAGCAGGAGCCCCAGCCGCCCCGCCACCCCUCCCUGGUCCCCCAGGAGACCAGCUCCCUCCUCCCCCGCCAAGACCAGCUCCAGACCUGCCUCCUCCACCUCUCCAGCCAAGGCCAGCAACCAAGCCUCCAGCCAGGACCGCAGCGACUCCCUACAGAGGGGUACCACCAGUGGCCUCAAAGCACCUAGUAAGGUAUGUGUAAUCAGCAGCAUCCCCAAACCCAUCUCCCCUCAGCCACCUGCGGACCCUAGGAGGGCCUCUCCUCACACACCCAAACCCAUCUCCCCUCAGCCACCUGCGGACCCUAGGAGGGCCUCUCCUCACAAACCCAAACCUGCCCGUCCAAAGAUCAUCACGUACGUCCGUAAGAACCCCCAGGUGAAGUCCCAGGGGACGGAGGUUGACCCAAAUGAAGCCUUGACACUCCCUCUCCGCCUGUCCUCUCCCCACCCCAGCCCUCCUACAGCCCACAGGAAGCCCCACAAGACAGGGCCCCAUUCUAAGGCCUCACAGGUGCUCUGCUCCUCUAAUAUACUAUUUGAUAAGUACCGGCAGGAGAUGGAGAAGGCAGGAUACUUUCCCCCGGGUACCGGCAUGACGUCGCUGGGCAUCAAACCUCCCAGCCACCCUCCUCCUCACAACCUCUCUUUGAACUCUGAGAGCUUUCACGGGGACCUGCCUGACAGAUGCAUGCAUGAGGUGAGAGGUUGGCUCCAGCACCUUCACAGCUGGGUCCCCAGGAGGGACAGGCCUCUACCGUUCCCCCAGGCCCAGAGGGCCCCAGCUGGGGUUAGGGGCCGUCACCCGGCAGCCUGCUGCAGCCAAGAACAGGACUAUGUUCCAGGGCCAGACCGGUCAGAGGUCAGGGGUCGUGACCCUCAGCCAUCCGGGACAGCAGCAGGCACCGCCAGGAACAACCAGGGAAACCACGACUCCACAGGGUCGUACUCUACGGAUGUUGUAGAGCAUGAACCUGACAAGCGCCACUUCCUGUAUGAGAAGGGUCGUACUCCUGCGGAUGUUGUAGAGCAUGAACCUGACAAGCUCCACUUCUUGUAUGAGGAAGGGUCGUACUCUACGGAUGUUGUAGAGCAUGAACCUGACAAGCGCCACAGGAAGGGUCUUCCAUGUAUGAGGAAGGGUCAGUACUUCACGGAUGUUGUAGAGCAUGAACCUGACAAGCGCCACUUCCUGUAUGAGGAAGGGUCGUACUCUCGGAUGUUGUAG